AUGAAAGGAAACCAGGCUGAAGAAGUACCCGUUGAUAUUGAGGUUUCAUAUCAUCAAUGCCAGAUGAGCGGUGACGAUGUCGAAUCAAGCUCGUCACCUGCACAACCUUGCAGCUAUGUCACACACUUCGACGAGAUUAAACGAUGCGUCUAUACAACUAUAAAUGAUCCAAACCUGCUUCCAGAAGAUCGACAGGAACACAUUUAUAGAUUGUUCUUGGAGUCGAAAGAAACUGAAAACCGGUUCGGGUUCGGGUCCUCUAUCAACUUCUUCGUGGUAGACAUGAUGCUAUCGAUUCAGCUCGGUCCGCUCCUAGUUCCAUUUGGACUUGUUGAUGGGAAUUCUCCUCUUCUGCCAUGUCUUUUUGGCAUCUGGAACACAUUGAAACUGAGAAGAUUUUGUGCAGCCUAUCAUCUUGCGGAAGUUAGACUCAGUCCGCAUCACUCCACGUCCCAGCGAAUUUAG